AGAGCUUCGGCCUGACAGGUUGGCGCGGUCAACCCAGCCAGACGUGUGCGGAAAGAGCAGGUUGCAGAGGCGACGACAGCGCUCCUGGCGGCGAUUCGCGAAACACGAGGCAUUGCCGUCAACAACAGCAGCCCAAGCUCGAAAGAAGACGAGUCCUGCUCGCGCGCCUCAGGGCAGAGAAGAGAAGGGGGUCUUCGACCUUUGGCUGGAUGACCCGAUUGUCGGCGCCCAGCCACAUUUCUCCGACCUUUGCCUGAGAAAGUGAAUUCGCGAGCGGGCGGGCAAUCGCGUGAGUGAACGAGCUGCAAGCGAGGAGGACAAUAUGUGCCUGCGUCACUCGACCUAGCACUUUCCCAGAGCGAACUCGUCGGGUCCAAGCUGAUGUGAGGGCAGAGGAUGGGCAGUUGAGUUGAGUCCUCGGGUCAACAUGGUAUUUCUCAGGAGGCGAUCGUUGCUGCUCAAGGCUGUGCUGGCAGUGCCAGUCAUCUGGUUCUUCGUGACUGUCAUUUACUCUUCCUCCUCCUCGGACAAGUCACAUGCUCCUCCACACCCUGCCGACUUGCCACCAGAAUUGGCUGCCCAGCACCAAGAGGAGCCACACCGGCCGCCACCCAGACCGGUUAUUAAAAAAGAGAAGAUUUCAAGGGUCGAGCCGGCGGAACCGCCAGAAGUUGAAGAGCCGCCCGAAGAUGGAAUGUCUGAACAUGAGAAUGAAAUAGAGGAUAACAAAAAAGAAGGAGCCCCAGGUGCUGGUGUGCUGCCUCUGCCGAACGGCAACACCAAAUAUGGAGAAAUGGGCAAGCCUGUUGUGCUGCCAAGCAACAUGUCAGCGGGAAUGAAGAAGCUGGUUGACGAGGGCUGGCAGAAAAAUGCUUUCAACCAGUAUGUUAGUGACCUCAUUUCAGUCAGGCGCAAUCUUCCUGACCCUCGAGACGAGUGGUGUAAGAAGGAAGAUCGCUACUUGGCCACCCUGCCUUCAACUUCAGUCAUUAUUUGCUUCCAUAAUGAAGCUUGGUCAGUUUUGCUCCGCACAGUACACUCAGUAUUAGACAGAUCUCCAGCACAUUUGAUCCACGAGAUCCUACUCGUGGACGAUUUUUCAGAUAUGGAGCAUGUGAAGGAUCGGCUAGAAAAUUAUUUUAAGAAAUACCCUAAAGUAAAAAUAGUCCGCGCCAAAAAGCGGGAAGGGCUGAUCAGAGCCCGCCUUUUGGGCGCUGCCAGAGCCACAGGCAAAGUACUUACCUACCUUGAUUCACAUUGUGAAUGCACCACAGGCUGGCUGGAACCUCUGUUGGACAGAAUUGCUAGGAAUUCGACAACUGUUGUUUGCCCAGUUAUUGAUGUCAUUGAUGACACCACUCUUGAGUAUCACUAUAGAGACUCGGGUGGAGUUAAUGUUGGUGGUUUUGACUGGAAUUUGCAGUUUAACUGGCAUUCUGUACCUGAGAGGGAGCGCAAAAGACACUCCAAUUCUGCCGAGCCAGUGUGGAGCCCAACAAUGGCGGGCGGCCUAUUUAGUAUUGAUAGAGAGUUUUUCGAGAAACUUGGCACCUAUGAUAAUGGUUUUGACAUUUGGGGAGGAGAAAACUUAGAGCUUUCAUUUAAGACUUGGAUGUGUGGUGGUACACUUGAAAUAGUUCCGUGCUCACAUGUGGGCCACAUCUUUCGUAAACGCUCUCCCUAUAAGUGGAGAACUGGUGUCAACGUCCUGAAGAAAAACUCAAUCCGUCUGGCUGAGGUCUGGCUUGAUGACUACUCGAAGUAUUACUAUCAACGCAUAGGAAAUGACUUGGGAGAUUUUGGUGACGUGUCUCCCAGAAAGAAAUUGCGUCAGGAAUUGAAAUGCAAUUCCUUCAAGUGGUACUUGGACAACAUAUAUCCUGAACUCUUUGUACCUGGAGACGCUGCUGCCUCAGGCGAGAUCCGAAAUACUUGGUCUGGUCAAUGCAUUGAUUCUGCCUGCAAACCAGAAGACCAUCACAAACCAGUUGGUUUGUGGCCUUGCCAUAAACAAGGUGGCAACCAGUAUUGGAUGCUAAGCAAAACAGGAGAAAUCAGAAGGGAUGAGACUUGUAUUGACUAUGCAGGUCAGGAAGUGAUUCUCUACCCUUGCCAUGGCUCCAAAGGCAACCAGUUUUGGGAGUACAAUCAAGCAUCCAAGCUGGUGCGUCACGGGAGCAGCAAAAAGUGCCUUGGAGUGAACGAGAGUAAAAAGAAAUUAGUAAUGCAGGACUGCAAUCAGCAAAAUAGCAACCAGCAUUGGCUUUUUGAGAAUUUUGAUCCGUCCAAACUUAGUCACGAUGAGCCAUCAAAAUAGAAAAAAUAUCAUUAGUCGCAAGGCCAACUGAAAAUUUUGCAUUUUUAAAUCAUGGGCAUAUCAGUAAAAAUAUUAGAGUAAAUUUGAAUAAUAAGUUUGAAGUAUUGAAAUUGUUCUAUUAUGUAUGGGCCAAAUAGGCAAGCACUUUAUCAGUCAACCAGUGUGAUCUUGUUGAACUUCUCUGUUGAGACAUUCCAGUGUGCUUUGUGUUACGUGAGAGUGAUUUUAGAUUUUACUCAUCUGGGCAUUCCGUUGCUACAGGAUUUUAUCUUUUUAUAUCUUAUAAUGUUUGUAAAUUGUUAUUUAAUACCUGCUCCAUAAUGAUUAUUUGUAGCAAUUUAAUAAUGCUUUAAAAUUGUCAUCAAUUUUUGUGUGCAAGGCUGGUGCUCAUAUUUGUACUUACUUUUCUCUGUUAGCAAAACUCCUUUGAGAGGUGAGCAAUUUUUUUUUAUUAUUUUGCACAAAAAUUUUAUUUAUUUUUGGAUAAUUGAACAUUUUGUUUGGAAAUUACUCGUAAGAGUUGAUUAGGUAAAAUUGUAAAGGAAAGAGUCCUUUUAAUAAAAAUUACAAGGCACUUGAUAUCAAUCGUGUAACUUGCAUAUCCAAUAUGGAAAAUUGUCUGUAUUUAAAAGAACAUUCCGCAAUAUCUGAUUUGGAAUUUUUAUCUUACAAUUAUAAUUUGUGAUAUUUAGUGCAAUAUGCUGGAGUAUUAUUCCAUGCUCAAAUUGUUGCAGGUCUUUUCUCGAGUGCCGUAAUAACCUCCACAACUGUUUGUUUUGCAUAUAUGACUAAGAAAUAAUUGAAAUACAACACAUUAUAUAAAA